AUGGUGUUAGUGCAUGUCGGAUACCUGGUUCUCCCUGUAUUCGGCUCAGUAAGAAACAGAGGAUCCCAUUUUACACGGCAACAGCAGCAGCAGCACAGCCAUGCUACCUCUUGCCGACACUUCCAGCUAGGCCCCCAGGCCCCGAUGCCCAUGGACUUCCCCAUGCCCCACCCGGGCCAGCCGCAGUCGGGCAUUAAUCCCCACCUGGCCCCGCCCGGCCACCAGCACGGAGCCCCGCUACACCACCCGCCCCACAACACCAUGCCCACACCCCAAUUCCAGGACAUCCCAGCCCCUCCCUUCUUACCUCAGGCAUUACACCAGCAAUACCUCCUCCAGCAGCAGAUCCUCGAGGCCCAGCACCGACACAUCCUACCACCAAACAGUAGACGCACAUCAGAGAGGGUUCCUCACCAGCCUCACAGACUGCGUCCAGGUUAUGAGUUCGCCCCGCCUCUACACGUUCCACCACAAUCUGUGGUGCAGCAACCCCGCUACCUGGCCGAGGGCACAGACUGGGAUCUAAGUGUGGACGCAGGACUCCCACCACACCAGUACCACAUCCACCCACUGCCGCAGCACUAUCAGCACUACCUGACCUCUCCCAGGAUGCACCACUUUCCCAGGAACAAUGCUUCAACACAAGUGGUCGUUCACGAGAUCCGAAACUAUCCGUACCCUCAGCUACACCUGCUGGCGCUGCAGAGUCUCAACCCCUCACGCCAUGCAUCCGCCGUCAGGGAGAGCUACGAGGAACUUUUGCAGCUGGAGGACCGACUAGGUAGCGUGAACCGUGGUGCGGUCCAGACCACCAUUGAGAGAUUCACUUUCCCCCACAAGUAUAAGAAGAGAUUCCCCCAAGACCUGAAGAUGUGUCUGGAUGAUGAGGAGCUGGAUACGGACGAGAAGUGCACCAUUUGUCUGUCCAUGCUGGAGGACGGAGAGGAUGUCAGGAGAUUACCCUGCAUGCACCUGUUCCACCAGGCGUGCGUGGACCAAUGGCUGGCGACCAGCCGAAAGUGCCCCAUCUGCAGGGUGGACAUUGAAACCCAGCUCAACCCUGACAGUUGA